AUCUCAAUAGACGUGCUGUCACCCUGCGUCAGAGCACUGCCUGUCAGGCGCUGAGCAGCACGGUUAGACGGACCAGCUGAGGAGAAGAGACGGACAGACGGUUACCCUCCACUCCAGGAAUCAUCCGCUGCCUCCUCACAUCUCAGGUUGUGUCGGGUUCAGGGUCCAGACAUGGCAGCCACACCAAUAAGUGCUGAGGAGUUGGAGGAUCUUAAAGAAGCCUUCACUAAGAUUGACGUGGACCACAAUGGAUUCAUCAGCAAAGAUGAGCUCAACGAGCUCUUCAAGGCAGCCAACCUGGCGCUGCCGGGCUACAAAGUCAGAGAGAUCAUCCUGGAGCUGACCAAGAACAGCGACAGGCUCACCUUUGAAGAGUUCACCGAUAUCGUUCACGGACUGAAGAGCUCCGAAGUGGCCAAAACCUUCAGGAAAGCCAUCAAUAAGAAGGAAGGAAUCUGUAACGUGGCGGGAACGUCAGAGCAGUCCGGCACCCAGCACUCGUACUCAGAGGAGGAGAAGGUGGCCUUUGUGAACUGGAUCAACAAAGCUCUGGAGAAAGAUCAAGACUGUAAACACGUUCUCCCGAUGAGUCCCGACAACAACGACCUGUUCACCGCCAUGGGAGACGGGAUCGUCCUCUGUAAAAUGAUCAACCUGUCUGUCCCUGACACCAUCGAUGAGAGAACCAUGAACAAGAAGAAGCUCACGCCUUUCACCAUCCAGGAGAACCUCAACCUGGCUCUCAACUCCGCGUCGGCCAUCGGCUGUCACGUGGUGAACAUCGGAGCAGAAGACCUGAAGGAGGGCAGACAGCACCUGGUCCUGGGUCUGCUGUGGCAGGUCAUCAAGAUCGGACUGUUUGCUGAUAUCGAACUCAGCAAGAACGAAGCUCUGAUUGCUCUGCUGCGUGAUGGAGAAAGUCUGGAGGAUCUGAUGAAGCUUUCCCCCGAGGAGCUGCUGCUGCGUUGGGCCAACUAUCACCUGGAGGCAGCCGGUUGCAACAAGAUCAACAACUUCAGUUCUGACAUCAAGGACUCCAAGGCCUACUACAACCUCCUGAACCAGGUGGCACCUAAAGGAGAGGAGGAGGGGAUCCCCCCCAUCACCAUUGACCUGUCAGGACUCCGGGAGAAAGAAGACUUAAGGAGAGCGGAGUGUAUGUUGGACCAGGCUGACCGACUCGGCUGCAGGCAGUUUGUCAUGCCGCCAGAUGUUGUCCGUGGCAACCCAAAGCUCAACUUGGCUUUCGUCGCCAAUCUUUUCAACAAGUACCCAGCUCUGAAGAAGCCAGAGAACCAGGACAUCGACUGGAGCUCUAUUGAAGGUGAAACCAGAGAAGAGCGGACCUUCAGGAACUGGAUGAACUCGCUGGGUGUCAACCCUCGGGUCAACCACCUCUACGUAGACAUUGAUGAUGCCCUGGUGAUCUUCCAGCUGUACGAGAAGAUUAAAGUACCAGUGGACUGGGACAAGGUCAACAAGCCGCCCUAUGCCAAGCUGGGCAGCAACAUGAAGAAGCUGGAGAACUGUAACUACGCUGUAGAGCUGGGUAAAAAGGAGGCCAAAUUCUCUCUGGUCGGCAUCGCUGGUCAGGACCUGAACGCAGGAAAUCGAACCCUCACCCUCGCUCUGCUCUGGCAGCUCAUGAGGAGGUACACUCUGAACAUCCUGGAGGACCUGGGUGACGGACAGAAAGUAACAGAUGACACCAUCGUUGGCUGGGUCAACCAAACACUCAGAGAAGCAGAGAAAGACACCAUCUCCAGCUUUAAGGACGUGUCCAUCAGCAGAAGCAUGCCGGUUCUGGACCUGAUCGAUGCCAUCCAGCCUGGAUCAAUACGAUACGACCUGGUGAAGGCUGAAGACCUGACGGAGGAGGAGAAACUCAACAAUGCCAAAUACGCCAUCUCCAUGGCCAGGAAGAUUGGUGCCCGUGUGUACGCGCUGCCCGAGGACCUGGUGGAGGUCAAACCCAAGAUGGUGAUGACAGUGUUUGCCUGCCUCAUGGCUCGUGGCAUGAGAAGCUAAAGACACCACCAGCCUGGACCUGAUUGGAUCACCGGCUGCUUACAGAACCAACCACCGGGACUCUCUAGUAUCGGUCUCAAAACGUCCCACUUCUGGUUCCUAGACACAAUGCCUCAUGUAGAAUUGAUGCUCCAGCUUUGUCUCUAUAACCAUUUUUAUUAAAGAACCUGAACCAUU